AGUAAUGAGCAAGAAAAUCACUAGUUAAUUAAUGCCUUAAAUGACAAAUUAAAACUAAGAAGGAUUGAGUUAAACAAAGAAUUUCACACAAAUGGAAAAUGACUCUUCCCUAAACUGCCAAUUCAACAACCAAUGCGUAUAAUAUUAGGCAGAGAUACAGUCAUUUUCCUGUCAGAAAUUCAGUUGUGUCAAAAUACACCCAAACCUUCCUAUUCAUAAGGUGGAGGCAAAGUGAAGCAAACACCAAACCAAAACCAAAACUAAACUAAAUUAAUCUCUCUUUGCCCUUUCCCCUUUCUCUCCAACUUCUCUUCUUCAACAUCAAGCCAAGAAAAACCGGCCAUUCCACAGCCUCUGUAAGUCCCAUGUCUCUAUCUCUCAAACAAACUAAGUCACCAUUACAAUAUUCCUUUGUCAAAGUAAUGAUAUGAUAGAUGGUGGUAAAACCUGGAAGACUGCAUACAUGGCUGAUAUGUUAAGCAAGUUUAGGUGAUAGAUAGCGACCGCGAGGAGGGCACCGUUAUCACCCCUCAAAAAGCCUCUUUCUUCUGCACCAGCAACUCACUCAUUGGAUGCCCGCCCUUUUUUCCUUUUUCCGGUGAUCCAACUGCUGGAGACAAGACUAGCAAAGGAAGAAAUCCCGGGGAGCGGGGUGGUUUCGUUUCGUUUCUCGAGUAUCGGAAAUGCAGCUUCACAUAUCCCCGAGCCUGAGGCACGUGACGGUGCUUCCCACCAAAGGCGUGAAGGAGUUCAUCAAGUUCAGAAUUGUGUCGAGACGGGUGUCCUUUCGCGUCGUCUUCUACUCCCUCCUGCUCUUCACGUUUCUUCUCCGGUUCGUGUUCUUGUUCACGGCUGUGGACACCAUUGACGGAGAAAGCAAGUGUUCGGGCAUAGGUUGCUUUGGAAGAAAAAUACGACCGAGUAUUUUAGGAAGGCAGCUUGAAUCAACACUCCCAGAAGUGAUAUACAGUGUAUUGGAGGAACCAGCAAACGAAACCGAGAUACAAGUGGGACCCGAAACUCCUCAGACCCUCGAAGACUUAAUUGCAGAAUUCAAAGGCGAUAGACCAGAUGCAAAGACCUUUGCAGUCAAGCUAAAAGCUAUGAUAAAUUUCCUCGAGCAAACAACUAGAACUGCGAAAAUCCAAGAGUACCUGUAUCGCCACGUGGCAUCGAAUAGCAUCCCUAAACAGCUGCACUGCCUUUCGCUAAUGUUAGCAAACGAGCACUCGAGCAAUGCUAAUGCUCGUCUCCAGUUACCAUCACCAGAGCUUGUCCCUUCCCUCGUUGAUAACUCGUUCUUCCAUUUCGUUCUGGCCUCUGACAAUGUUCUUGCUGCCUCUGUUGUUGCUGCAUCCCUUGUCCAAAACUCAUUGCACCGAGAAAGGUUUGUGCUUCACAUAAUCACAGACAAAAAAACUUACUCCCAAAUGCAGGCGUGGUUUUCCUUGCAUCCUUUGACACCUGCAAUUGUUGAGGUUAAAGGGUUGCACCAUUUCGAUUGGUUCACGAAAGGGAAAGUUCCGGUUUUGGAAGCAAUGGAAAAAGACCAAAAAGCACGGUCCCAGUUCAGGGGAGGUUCUUCUGCCAUUGUGGCAAAUCAAACCGAAAAGCCUCGUAUUAUUGCUGCAAAGUUGCAAGCGCUCAGUCCUAAGUACAACUCACUGAUGAAUCACAUUCGGAUUCAUUUGCCAGAGUUGUUUCCUAGUCUGAACAAAGUGGUCUUCCUUGAUGAUGACAUAGUGGUUCAAACUGAUCUUUCGCCUCUAUGGGACAUUGACAUGAAUGGAAAGGUGAAUGGAGCAGUGCAAACCUGCAGAGGGGAGGAUAAGUACGUGAUGUUUAAGCACUUCAAAAGUUAUCUGAACUUUUCUCACCCUCUAAUAGCAAAAAGUUUCGAUCCUAAUGAGUGUGCAUGGGCAUACGGCAUGAACAUCUUUGAUCUUGAGGCAUGGAGAAGAACAAAUAUAAGCCGGACAUACCACCACUGGCUUGAACAGAACUUAAAAUCAGACCUGAGUUUGUGGCAACUAGGGACAUUACCUCCAGGCCUAAUUGCAUUCCACGGCCAUGUACAUGUCAUCGAUUCCUUCUGGCACAUGUUAGGACUCGGGUACCAGGAUAAUACAAGCAUUGCAGAUGCUAAAAGUGCGGGAGUUGUCCACUUCAAUGGCAGAGCAAAACCCUGGCUAGACAUAGCAUUCCCACAACUCCGAUCAUUAUGGACCAAGUAUGUCAAUUUCUCGGAUACAUUCAUUAAAAGCUGUCAUAUUACGGCAUCAUGAGUUUGGUUCAGGAAGGACUAUCUCGACCUUCAGCUUUCAUAGAGGAGAAGAAUCCAGGGAAACAUUUUUGAAAGCAGGAGCAACAGCUCCUGAUAUGAGUAUAUGAGAAGAAAGCUGCCCUGGACUUACGUUUUGUCAACUGGUCUUCCUUCACUCAAGCACCCAAAGUUGUCUUCUUUAUUGGUAUAAAUGCAUGGUUGGUUUUAAGAUUAUCUUAGGAUGUCUGAAUUUUUUCUCUAUAUGUAUCUUCGUCAAAGAAAUCCCAAUGCAAAUAUAUUAAGAAAA